AUGGUUGAGAAAAAUCUUGAAAAAUCAGCUCUUAAGAAUGAUAAUAAUUAUAUCGAUAAAAUCAAAACAAAAUCCGGAAAAACGUAUUUUAUCCGUGAUUUUUGCAUGGAAGAUCGUUUUGAUAUUCAACAACUUUGUUCGCAAGAACGAUUAGAAAUAAACGUUCAAGUUUAUCGUGCUUGUUUUCGAAAUCGUUUCACCUACAUCACACUUGUUGUUCUCAUGUUCUUAUGCAUGUGUUUGUUUAAUCGUAUUCUCUGGGCUAUAUCAUUGCCACCAUUACUCAUUUCAUCCUUUCUUAUUUAUCGAAUAUCAAAAAUGAAAUCUAAACUAAAAACACCGUUACAACAUAAUUAUUCAGACUAUAUUGAUAAACCGAAUCUUCGACGAAUUCUUGUUGUUGUUGAAAAUGACAAUAAAAAUAAUUGCGAACAAAUUAUUGGUUUUUGUGCUUUUUCCACAUUUCCUUUGGAUCGUUUAGCAGCAUUCAUUACUCACUUUUAUAUUCUAUCGAAAUAUCGUCGACAAGGUAUCGGACAGAAGUUACUAUCGGUUUCUCGUGAAAAAGUGAUUGAUGCUAAAUAUCGACGGUUGAAUAUCGUUUGCUCACGUUAUCAAUCUAAUGGAAUUAAAUAUUUAUUAAAAAACAAUUUUUAUUUAAAAGAUACAUGGUCCACAUGUGUAUUUGUACCACGAAUCACAGAUGAACAAGUCCUCUUGACUAUUUCGCCAUUGAUCGAAAAAAAAGGAAAUUAA